CCGCGAAUAAUUAAAUAAUAGCUAGAGAAAAACGAAAGAAUAACGAAAUAACACUACGCAGCUUCUAAUGUAACUAAAUAAAUUUGUUUUCGAAAUGAUUGUGCUUAAACAUGAUAUUUCCUUUUUGUUUAGGGGAGCAUUCUCCGAAGUGAGGCUGGCGGAGAGUAAAGAGAAGCCGGGUCAAAUGUUUGCCGUGAAGAUCAUCGACAAGAAGGCGCUAAAGGGCAAGGAAGAUUCGCUAGAGAACGAAAUCAAAGUUCUACGAAGGUUCAGCGAAAGUGCGACACCACAGAGUGGUGGCGGAUCGCUCAAGUCGGAUAGUAGUGGCGAAAAGAGAUGGCUAACCCACCCCAAUAUCGUUCAAUUGCUGGAGACGUACGAGGACAAGCACAAAGUCUAUUUGGUCAUGGAGCUGGUUACCGGCGGAGAGCUAUUCGACAGGAUCGUCGAGAAGGGCUCGUACACAGAGAAGGACGCGUCCGGCUUAAUAAGGCAGGUGCUCGAGGCGGUGGACUACAUGCACGAUCAGGGUGUAGUUCACAGAGAUCUCAAGCCGGAGAAUCUCCUUUAUUACAGUCCGGACGAGGACAGCAAGAUCAUGAUCAGCGACUUCGGCCUAUCGAAGAUGGAAGAUUCCGGGAUCAUGGCGACCGCUUGCGGCACGCCGGGAUAUGUCGCACCCGAGGUUCUGGCGCAGAAGCCGUAUGGCAAAGCGGUCGACGUGUGGAGCAUAGGCGUCAUCUCGUAUAUCCUUCUGUGCGGAUAUCCCCCGUUUUACGACGAGAACGACGCCAAUCUGUUUGCACAAAUUUUGCGAGGUGAAUUUGAAUUUGAUUCGCCAUACUGGGACGAUAUCAGCGCUUCUGCGAAGGAUUUCAUUGGAAAGUUGAUGUGCGUCAAUGUCGAGGAACGUUAUACCUGUAAACAGGCCCUCGCACAUCCCUGGAUUUCCGGCAACGCUGCUAGUAAUAAAAACAUCCACGGUACUGUAUCCGAACAACUUAAAAAGAAUUUUGCCAAGUCGAGAUGGAAGCAAGCGUACCACGCAGCCACGGUCAUACGUCAGAUGCAACGGUUAGCACUAAACAGUGGCCAGCAGCAGCAGCAGGAGGAUACAGGCUCGAUCGGCCCCUCCAGCGGCAAUCCCACGCAAUAUCGAGAGCAAUCGCAGAUCAGCUACAACCAGCACACGGGGCCGCUGGGGCCGUCGCCAGCCUCGAGCAAUCUCAGCAAUUGAAGCAGACGCGCGAGCAGACAUCGCCGUUGCUCACUGUGUCGAGUCACUGGUGUUUACGAAUCUCACUUCUCACUCCAUUCCAAUCACUCCCGCCGACCACUUGCCACCGCUAUACAUGCGCAACAAAUGCUUCAAGCUGUGGGGACAGCACACGCACCGUUCUGUCCAUUCUCUCUUUCAAGACAUUGUGUUGCAACUUAGGAAGCAACGGAAGACAUAAGAAGAGCUGAGAAGCCAUUGCUAGAGUUACGCGCGUCCGCACACGGAGGAGCAAUGUAUCACGCGAGAUAGCCGUUCGCUCUCGAGCUACGGGGAUAGAUUAGAGCCAAUUUGCUUCGCGCAAGUGAUGCGUACAUACACACACUUACAUAGGCACGUACAUGUACACGCAGAAAUACAGUUACCAUCGAAAGGCGUAAACUACAAUUCGCUUUGGCUGGCCCAUGCGAUACAAUACAUGCGAACUCGUACCCUCUUCUAUGGCAGUACGGCAGUUACGUUUGCAGGCUUUAUUCUUAUGAUUUACGACGUUUCCUAUGUUACAUACGCGUAAGCAAUAGCUCGUAGCGAUUUGCAGAAUACGUUUCGCAUCGAUCUAACAGGGCAAAGAGGCGGUUACAUCUCUAGAGAUAAGACUUGAAGAUUGUUUGCACGCACUUUGUUAGAUCGAGUCCAUUCUAUAUAUAUAAAUAUAUAUAUAUGUAUACAUAUAAAUAUAUGCAUUAACGCGAAACAGUACAACGACAAGUUUUUAUAUUUUAUAAAAUUCGGUGUAAUACGUAGCGCGGCUGUUUGAUACAAUUCUGUGCAGUAUAGAGACCUGUAUUGUUAGACACGGACAAAUAUGAUUCCAUAUCACGGUUCCUAUGUAUGGUUCGAUCCUCGCUCGCCGUAAUAUAUAUCUCGGAACGAUAGAGAAUAUUUCCUAUCUACUUACAAAAGUCGAAUUUACUUUCCAGUCGCAAGAAUCUAUUACCAAAACGCAGAUAAUAUCGAGAGGUCGCUUAAUGCACAGAGACAUAGCCUGAUCUGUUUCUUUCUCUCUCUUUUUAUUUCUUUUUUUUUGCAUUUUUUUUGCGCAUGUUUCUAUACUUUUUUUUUGAUAACCGGGACAUGCCCUUGCUUAUGUAAAUGCUUACGCAGCAGACACUUAUCAAUGCUAUUUUAUGUAAUACGUACCCUAUAUGUAUACUCUUCUCUUUUAAUAUAUAUGUAGUGAUAUUACUAUAUUAAUAUAAGCUCCCGAAUCGGGUUCCGCUGAGCUAGCUUGACAUCUAGAAAGACAUAUAUGUAUUAUUCUGCUAAUAUUAAUACAUAUAUUGCACCACUACUUCUAUUUCUACAAAACAUAAGAUGUACAUAAUGCACAUCUAAAUUCGCAUAAACUAUCUUGCGUGCCUGAUUUUAAGAUACUGACAUGAGGAACAAUUCUGUAAAGUUAAGUAUCAUAGCAUGAUCGUGAUUAUUUUCAUAAAGGUUUCUUAUAUUAGUGCGCUAUUUUAUGCCACGAUUUGGCGGAUUAUACUAUGACAUUUUUAGCAAUGGUUUAUGUAUAGUUUAUACAUAUAUAUUUUAUUUUUACAAUUACUUUUUUAUUAAUGAAAAUGCCAUAUGUAAAAAGGGAUAGUAAAUUUUUUUUUAAUACUGGAAUGUGCCAUAUACAUUAUUGUACGAUAAAAGCACGCUAGACAGACAAUGGAAAAUCGAACUAAUUAUUUUUAUGCUUGUAUCAUUUAAUCUUUGUUAAGAUGCAAGAAGGAAAUCGGCUCAAAAGUGCAACUUAUUUCUAGUACCGGUUUAUAUACAGCAUGACUGCUUAUCUUGUGAAUAUAUGAGUCAAUGAAAGAUAUAAAAAAAACGCUACUUAAUGAUCCUCUUACUUGUUUAUCGUGUCUUUAUUAUUUUCAUAUGACGUCAGCAGAAAUGCAGCAAAAAAUGUACUUCUUGCGAUUAUAAUUUUUGCCGUAUUUAUGUAUCAAGAUUAAUAGAACCGAAGAUUUUUCUUUUUUGUACGAAAUAUAAAUAUGUACAGUUGUAAGUUUCAAGUUUCGUGCUGUUACAUCGAAUUUAUUGAGGUAAAUGUGCGAAACUCGUGAAAACCACGCCUUAAUCAAAAUAUAUUUUGGACGCGUGCCCCGUUAUAGAAAUAUGUACGAUUGAUUGCAGAAACGAAUAUCAUAAUUGAUAAAUUAUGAGACAGAGACAGAUGUGCCGAGGCACGCAACUGAACAAUGUAAAUCACCGUUUUAAUCGCGAAGUUAUGCUAUCCUUUGUGAAACAUAUCCACAAGUAAAUUCAGAGACCGACUAGCGAUUUCUGUGUUUUAUAUAGUUAGCUGAAGGUAGAAACACACUUGGAAACGUGUGGCUCUCUCGUUGAAAAGGUCUGAGCAUCGAACGAGACGUAAAAAAAAAAAAGAAAAAGAAAAAAAAGAAAAAAAGAACGCUAUUGCACUUUGUCGAGCGGGCAUCUCUGUUGUUACAGUCUAUAUUCUCUCUUUCUCUUCGAAUUAAACUAUAUAAUAAUAAUAAUAAUAAUAAUAAUAAUAAUAAUAAUCUCUUGGCAUUAUCACGUUAGGCAUCCGUCCGUACAGCGGGCACUUCUCGAUGUAAGGGAACUAUUAUAGAAAAUUAUAAAGAGAAGAGCGUGUGCGAAAAAUCCCGAUGCGAUGAUCACUUUGGGGAUGCGUUGGAGAACAUCGCUUUGUAGCGAAUCUCGUCCGAGUUUCGAGCCGAACUCGAAAAGAAUCUCGGCAUUUAGAUUUUAGAACGUAAGCUUUUCUUUUUUUUGGGAAAAGAACUUAGAAGGAGCAAUCGGGAUUAUCGGUGCAAAUUAUUCGGAAAGGAGAUUAGACUUCGCAAUUUUUACUUCGUCCCAUGUUCUCGAUCGCAGCCCUAAACCUCGACCUAACGACGGACGCUAUUUCACGACGGCCGAAUAGAAUAGCUUUACUUGGUGCGAGUAAAGCGCAUAGGUGAAUGACGUUUAUGAUUACCGCUGAUCGAUACCGUUAAUUAUACGCUUCUCCAAGUACCUUCUCGGUACCGCUAACUCCACCAAACUAUUAUUGGUGUCUUUCAUUGUGUAAAUUGACUUCUGAAGUGCCUUGGAUGACAUGAUGAUGGUACAUUACCAUACGUGCCAUUGGUGAAAAACUUUCGUAGGUGCUUAUCACAGGACGUGUUCGUGUAAUAUAUCCGUUUGCGUUGCGCGAGAUAAUAGUUUCUUUAAUCAUAGACUCAUAGAGAUGUGCUGAGGUGCUCAAGGUCACUCGACGUACUUGUAAGAAAUCUACGUACAGCGAGUUCCACGAUGCUCUCCUCGCAUGGAGAAUUGGAUCGAAGUUCUCGUGAACACGCUACGUACGUAUUUUUCUCAUUGGUACGGUAGAUUGCUAGAGGGCUAGAAUGUGUUACUUUAACUGUACAGUAAUUUACAGUAACGGUUAAACACACCCCUGCGUUCCUUUCUAUUCGAUUCCAAAUCUGCUGAAGCGCUUCGCGUGUAAUCAACAUCAUGUCAUCUAAUAAGAAAGAUUCGCUAGGAAACAUUCGUUUUAUCGCUGUAAUAAAACGCGCGUGUUGUGAUGGCUCUGCGAUGAAAAUUUUAAAGAAGAAUAGCCGGGAGGGAAGGAAGAGGAAAAAAAAGGAAAAAAAAAAACAAAAAGAAAACGAGUGAGAGAGAUCUGAAAAUGGAGCUUUAGCCUGUAUUCAAAGUACCGUGCCACGUGAACAAACACAUAUCGGCAGGAAUACUGUAAAUGUGAUGUAAAGAUAAGCUGAUUCUAAGUAGAGAACGAGAACGAGUUGUUGUAGUGAGGU